UCCCCAGCUUAUAGUGGAUCCUAGAUUACAAAGGUCCUUGUCGUGUGUUGACGGGCCCUCUCAGCACGCUGGAACCCUUCAGUCAAUCGUACAUCAUCGUUGUUUGCCCCCCAGGGAGUGCCCUAAGAUCUGCUCUGUACCUGCGCUGGUGCUAGGUCGAACGCCAUAUUUUUACUUUACUUCGCCUACGAUAUUUUCAUGAUUUCUGGUUCGAUAUGAUAGUUCCGAGCAGCCACAGGAGUCUUUCUUUUUAGGUGUAACCUAUAUACCCUCCGAAACAUUGCUGGAUCAAUAGUUCGUCGCCUGCAAUGGCCAUUCAUCAGGAGCCCUUGGACGCGGAGUCGGCCUCGUUUGUACUACCGGACCAUAUUCACCCGUGGCUACGCUCAGUCGUCGUUCUGGGAUUCAUCAGCUUCUUCGCAUCGGUAUCAUUACUCUUCUUACUCACUUACAAACUGGUAUCCUGGCAAUUGCGAUCGAAGCGAAGCAACCAAUUCGUCAUUCUGAUAUUCAACCUUCUGUGGGCGGAUAUUCAACAAGCACUUGCAUUCCUACUAAACGUCGAAUGGCUGCGACUGGGAUCCGUCGACGUCGAAAAUCCAAUAUGCUUUGCGCAGGGCUGGCUGGUAUCUACAGGUGAUCUGGGAAGUGGAAUCUGGUGCUUUGUUAUCGGAUUACAUACCUUUGCCUCAAUCAUCCUGAAUUUCCGUCUGAAGCCACGGAGCUUCUACCUUUGCAUCUUCCUGCUCUGGGUUUUCAUCCUUGGGGUAUCUUCAAUCCCCCUUGGUAUGUACGGAGAAAGCAUCUACGUACGGUCUGGAGUAUGGUGUUGGAUCCAUCAUGACCUCGAAGACCUACGAUUGUGGACACACUACGUCUGGAUCUUCAUUUUCGAAUUUGGCAACGUCUUCAUUUACGCCAUAAUCUACACAAUUUUGUCAAUCCGCAUUCGAUCCGGCUACUACACAACCGAAGAAGCUAAACGUGUACGCUCCAUCGCAAACCUUAUGGUCGUAUAUCCGCUCGUCUACGUUGUCUGCACCAUCCCGUUGGCUUCCGCACGAAUGGCGUCAAUGUCCGGUAACCCACCGUCGCUUGCUCGUCUUUGCCUCUCUGGUGCCAUGAUCGUCUCGAAUGGCUGGCUUGACGUACUCUUGUAUACUUGUACUCGACGCAUCAUGAUCUUUUCUGAUGAACCACCCUCUGAUGUCGAUGGCAUGGAUACUUUCGCAGCGUUCUGGAUCGAGAAGCCUAAGCGCUUUGGAGGCGAAUGUACAAUUGAAGCGAUGAAUACACACACAAGGGGUCGACGAUCAAAAAGCAAGGUAACACUACCAUCGGGAAGCGAAAGUUCAGACGAUCUUUGUGGGAUUGGUUCGAAUGACAUCAAGUUGGUCACUACAACAAGGGUCAUCAGCGAGCCGGCACAGCCAGAGGAUUUCGAGGAGAUGGAGGCUGAGGCGCGUGUGGUACGACCUCGCACGCCAACGACAAGAUGGAGCCAGGAUACAAGUGAUACGAACGGAAGUCGCAAUUUGAGUUUGAAGGAGCUGGCGAUACCCCACGUUGCGCACUGAGAGCCUACUUGGAAUGUGAACGAAAUGCUAUCAUCACGACAUAAAUCCAC